CAUAUCUCUUCCUCACACAAGCCUAGUUCGUUCACAGCACAAAGAUGGACCAUGGUGCAAAAACACAAGAAAAGAGAUCAUACAUUUGCAUACCAAAGAUGUUCAUGGCUGAUUUGGAAAAAAACUAUCAGCUGGAACAUGGACUGAUCAUUAUGCAGUUGAACGCCUUCAUCAACGAAGGCUACAUGCAGGCCUACUUCAGAGAGUGGGGGAAUGUCACUGGUUGUAAGAUCAUUAAAAACUACAAGUCAGAAGACAGCAAGGCGAUUGGCUUCGUCAGGUUUGCCACGGGGGAAGAGGCCGUCAAGGCGGAGAUGGCCGGCCCUCACUUCAUUGGAGGAGAAUUAGCGACCGUGCGAAGGGUUGUUAGUCCAAAGAGAGGAUCCGGGGAUGACCUGGUCCUAAACUCCUCCUCCAACAGAGCGUCUCAACCUAGGGCCAGGCCCUCCAUGGGCCUGGGCUACAUCUUCGAGGACGCCCAGUGGCUGGACAAAGAGCCGAUAUGAACCACCUGUACAUGUGGAAUGUUUUGUGAUGUCAAUUGAGCAAUAAGUGAAAUAAAUGAUGUGGCAAAUGGCUUGGAAGCCAUUUGAACAUUUAAGUGAAAUGAGACUGAUGAGUUCAAUGCAGCACCGAUAGGAGGCCCUACUACCCACUUUUUAGAACUGCAUAUUUGGGUGUUGUGAAGAUAUUCUACUGAUGCAGUCGUUUUUAUGGCAUUGGGACCAUUUACGAGCUAUGACCUCCGGCACAAAAGAGGAGGCCUAUUAUGUCUAUGCCUUUAGGCAGAAAAAAAAUAACUCUCUAAAGAAAAUGCUUGCAGAUGCUAACUUUUAGGUCAGUGUCUUCUUUGGCUUGGGAUUAACUACAGCCUUUAUGCCGUUGAGAGUUUUUGUACUUGCCUCUAGUUGACACUGCACCCAGUUGGCCUGUUGAAGUUGACCUUAGUCUGUCAGAUAGGUUGUGUGGAUUGUAUACUUAAAAGUCUAAGUUUGUUGGGAGCAGUAAAAUAUUGUUUGCUCUCUGGCAUUCACUGUUCGUUAUUAUGCACACCUGCAUGCAAUUACUCCCCUGAUUAUACGGUCUUUGUCGCUACCUCUGGUCAACACCAGGUGAAGGCGUUCCACAUUCAUUCAAACGAGUCUUAAGUUAAAGGAGACAUAUUAUGGGGUUUUCACAACAAGUGACCAUAGU